AUGGCCGUCGUUGGUGUUCUCGCUUUACAGGGAUCUUUCAACGAACACAUAGCAGCUCUCAGAAGAUUAGGUGUUAAAGGUGUUGAAAUUCGAAAACCUGAACAGCUUCUCACUGUUAAUUCUUUAAUCAUCCCUGGUGGUGAAAGCACCACCAUGGCCAAACUCGCUGAGGCUUUCAACCUGUUUCCGGCUCUGCGAGAGUUUGUGCAAAUGGGAAAGCCAGUUUGGGGAACCUGUGCAGGACUAAUUUUCCUGGCUAAUAAAGCUACAGGACAGAAGACUGGUGGACAAGAACUUGUUGGUGGACUUGAUUGUACUGUACACAGAAAUUUCUUUGGCAGCCAGAUUCAAAGCUUUGAGACAGAGCUUCUAGUACCAGAGCUCGUGUCCGAGGAAGGUGGUCCUGAAACAUUUCGUGGAGUUUUUAUUCGUGCCCCAGGAAUUCUUAAUGUAGGGCCAGAUGUUCAAGUCCUAGCUGAUUAUCCUGUACCUUCUGACAAAGUACCGAGUUCUGAUUCCUCUGUUGAAGGCAAAAAGGAGAAUGCUGAAGAAGGCAGCAAAGUUAUAGUUGCUGUGAGACAAGGGAACAUUCUGGCUACUGCAUUUCAUCCUGAAUUGACAGCCGAUACUCGAUGGCAUAGUUAUUUCUUAAAGAUGGGAAGUUUGGUUGGAAAAGAAGCCUCAAGUAGCAUUGUUCCAGAACAAGUCACACAAGUCAGUACAAGUUUUAAGCAACCACCACUGCACGAUCUUCCUAUCUUUCAGUAA